AUGGCUCCCGUUCCCGAUAUUCUUUCCGAUAACUUCUUCGAGGUCAUUAUUGUUGGUGGAGGCACUUGUGGCCUUGCAGUGGCAGCCCGGCUCUGCGAAAACACGCCUGCUGCUGUUUUCACCGAUGACGAGCACCAGCGGUUCCACUGGCUCAGGCAGCGCAAUGGCCGCCAAAUGAAAAACGGCAAGCGCCAGUACGAACUGGCGUCGCAACUCAAGCCGCACGAGAUUUUGGUGUUGGACGCCGUCGCCGACCGCUUCAUGGGCCAGUGGGAUGCUCAGUUUGGGGCAUGCCAGAUUCCGCACUUGCGCUCGCCCAUGUUCUUCCAUCCGGACCCGGGCAACAUCGACGCCAUGGUCGCUUGGGCACACCAAACGGGACGCGAAAGCGAGUUGAAGGAAAUCCCCAACGUCGUGGGACGAGAAUUGCUGAAGCAUCAGCAAAAGCGCAUGCGCCGGAAAUCGCUGCUGGCCUCGAGAAAUGCUUCCUCUCAUGACCGUCCUGGAAUAGUGGACGUCAACAUGCGCGAGUGGCGAGACUACUACAGACCCUCGACGCCCUUUUUCUGUGAUUUCUGCCAGAGCUUGGUUCAACGUUACAAUUUGGGCGACUGCGUACGCAAGGACGAAGUAGUUUCCAUCUGCUACGGUGACGUGCACAUUUUCGACAAGGGCAUGCACGAAACCGGGUUCAUCGUCACAACGAGCUCUGGAAAAAUCUACGCUGCUAAAGUAUGUGUCGUUGCAAGCGGUCACCGUGGUCGGAUCAAUUUCCCCCUCCCAGUGCUCAGGCCUGUUCUUGACCAGGUGGACGAAGAAAUGCAAUCCUUUCUUGAUCACACUUGUCAUACGACGCAUAUCUUUAGUGGAGCAGUGCGUUUUCCUCCAGCUGCUGUGGAAAAGAGAAUUUCCCAACGUACACCAGCCCACCUUGUUAUCGUCGGAGGAGGCCUCACUUCCGCCCAAUUGGCCCAUGUGGCAUGCAUGCGGGGAAUCCCGACGACGCUUUUACUCCGGGGUCCAGAGAAGAUCAAGCAUUUUGAUUUCCACUUGGACUGGGUGACAAAAUACAAAAAUGUCAAGAAGGCUAGCUUUUACCAAUUAGACAGCGAUUAUGAACGUUUGCAGCUCAUGGCAGAUGCGCGUGAAGGUGGUCUGGUUAACCCUGAGUACCAUAUGCUUCUUAAGAAACACUGUGCAGCAGGACGUCUUUCUAUGUUGAAGUACACUACAAUCGAUGCAGCAGAAAUGGUGGACGGAAGAUGGAAGUUACGGUUGAAGGCGGCUAAACCUUCGACAUCUGACGAGGUGAAACCUUGCACUAGUGACACAUCCAUAUUAUCUAGCGAUAUGAAUUCAGUUACUAGUGAUAUGAAUUCAGUUACUAGUGAAAUGACCGAAAAAAUAGCGGCAUUGAAUAUUGAAUACGUAUCCAGUGAUAUCUCGUCUACGCAAAGUUCAGACAAUGUAUCAUUAGAUGAGAUGGGGGCUGAGGACGACGAUACAGAGUCUUGGCUCUCGGCUGAUUAUGUAUGCUGCGCUACUGGAGUGCUGCCAGAUAUUGAAGGCUUGGAGUUCAUGCGUCCAAUUUUGAAUGAGUUUCCAAUCGAUGUUGUUGGUGGGUUUCCCUGCUUGACGGAACACCUUCAGUGGAACGAGGAUUUACCCUUGUAUAUGGUUGGGAAGAAUGCCUCACUUCGUAUAGGUCCAACGUCUGCCAACUUGGACGGGGCGAGACUUGGGGCUGAACGUGUUGGGUGGAAGAUUCAAAACGACAGACGAGGAGCCUCGAAUUCUCUUGAUACAAGACUUGAGAUGGCCGCCAACAAUAUGAACUGGUAUAAUAUUUUGCAGGAGGCAUGA